AACCAAACAGGUCUAAAAGGUGCUGUAACUAAUGGCCGUCCAUUAAUUUAAAAGUAAAAAAUCUAAAAAAAAAUUUGUUUUUCCGUUCCGGAUUCACAUUUCCAUUUUCCGUAAAGUAUUGGAAAAUCUAAUGGAACUUGUAGUUUAUUUGCAACAUUUUUAUCAUUAACGAGUUAAAUUGUACUUAUUAAUUAAAAUCAUGAUUCGUUUAUGUCUGAAACAAUUUGGCAACGAAAGUAAAUUAGCAGUUUUAGCACUAACAGAUCCAUCAAAGAGCUUAAAAUGUACUAGUACAUUCAACUCAAUCACUAGGAAAUAUGCCAUAAAACUGAAGGAAGAAACACCUAUAGGCACAGAAAAAAUAUAUUACGGAACAUUAACACCUCAGAUAAAGGCCAUAAAAAUAUUCUCUUUAUGCACAAGCAUAGCAGGUAUUGCUAUUCAACCUAUGUUAAUAAGAGAAGCAUCAAGCAUAGGAAGUACUUCUUUAUUGGUAGCCAUAUGUUCAGUGGUGGGAUUCUUCACGUUUGUAACUCCAAUACUGCUGCAUUUCAUCACCAAAAAGUAUGUUACCGAAAUUUACUACAACGCCGAAACUUCGACAUACAAAGCGAUUACAAUUAAUUUCUUUGCAACAAAACGAAUUCAUGAAUUCAAAGUAGAAGAUGUAUUUGUUCCUGAUGUACCAGGAAUGUUCACUACUAUGCAUGCUAAUGGCAAGCCGCUGUUCAUUGAAGCACGAUUCUUCAAUAACCCACUGCACUAUGCAAAGAUCAUGGGCUAUGAUAAGCCAAUGGAUUUUAAACUAGGAGAAACGCAAGAAAGUAAAAACCAAAAGUAAAUUGUUAUAAAUGUUUGUAAGUCUUAGACUCAAAAUAUCAGUUGUGGUUCAAAUUAAAGUUUAGUUAAACCAUUAUUUCUUCUA